GCCAUGUGCAUCAAUAGUCAUCAUGCGCGCGUGUCACUUGUGUUUGUUAUUCACAUCGUUUAGUUUAGUUUAGUCGUCAGUAUAACAUAGAAUAACAAAAAUUGCUUGCAAGCAUAGAGUUUCCAAAUCUCCUAACGGUUUUGCAAAAUGCACAGGUCUGCUCCUAUUGUCGAAAAAUUUAUUUACCAUGUAAGAGACAGAAAUAAUGUCAGGCAAUUUUACACAGCUCUAGACAAAAGUCGAACCAAGGAGUACGAAGGGAGAAAACUUAUUGGAUUUUCUAUGGAAGAGAUAUACAGUGUUGUCUCUGAUGUGGCUAAUUACAAGUAUUUUGUGCCAUUUUGCAAACAAUCGGACGUAAUACUUAAGAAACCCGAUUUUCUAAAGGCCAAUUUAACCAUUGGAUUUCCACCACUGAAGGAAAGCUAUGUAUCCAACGUUACAAUGAUACACCCUCAACUUGUGAAGGCAGAAUGUACGGAGGGAAAGCUAUUUGAUCACCUAAACACUCUGUGGAUAUUUUCACCUGGAUUAAAAAACAAUCCACAAACUUGUGUCAUAGAUUUUUCACUAUCCUUUAAAUUUAAAUCAUGGAUACACUCUCAUCUAUCAAAUCUAUUCUUCAAUGAAAUUGUGAGACAAAUGGAAAAUGCAUUUCUUGACGAAGCUCACAGAAGAUUUGGCAAACCUUGCAUAAAAACUGUGAGAUUGAAAGGAUGACUAUCGAAGAAUUAGCAUGAAGUUUUACUAUGUACUCUGUUAUUUAUUUUGUGAUAUAUAUUUAUAUUAAAUAUUAAUGUCGUGGCAAGGUAUGUGCUUCCCAUGAGAGAUGUUUUAACUUUGUUGACAACUACAUUUUGUAAUUGAUAUUUGUACAGU